AUGUAUUCAUAUCUAUCUAUCUAUCUAUCUAUCUAUCUAUCUAUCUAUCUAUCUUUAUUAUCUGAGUAUUAUCUGAUCUAUCUAUCUAUCUAUCUAUCUAUCUAUCUAUCUAUCUAUCUAUCUCAGCCUGAUUAUAUCUAUCCAUCUAUCCCAUUUCUAUCUAUCUAUCUAUCUAUCUAUCUCAGGUUGAUUAUAUCUAUCCAUCUAUCCCAUCUGUUUCUAUCUAUCUAUCUAUCUAUCUAUCUAUCUAUCUCAUUAAUCUAUCUAUCUGACUCGUACGUUCAUAUCUAUCUAUCCAUUCAUCUAACUAUCUAUCUGACCCGGUUUAAUAUCUAUCUAUCGGUUUAUCUAUCUAUCUAUCUAUCUAUCUAUCUGACCCGGUUUAUCUAUCUAUCUGACCCGUUUGUUAAUAUCUAUCUAUCUAUCUAUCUAUCUAUCUAUCUAUCUAUCUAUCUGGUUAUGUUUAUAUCUAUCUAUCUAUCUAUCUAUCUAUCUAUCUAUCUAUCUAUCUAUCUGAGGCUGUUUAUCUCAAUCUAUUUAUCUAUGUAUCUCAGUCUGAUAAUAUCUAUCUAUCUGAGUACUUUGUUAAUAUCUAUCUAUGUAUCUAUCUAUCUAUCUAUCUAUCUAUCUAUCUAUCUGGUUAUUUUUAUAUCUAUCUAUUCAUCUAUCUGUCUCAUAUGUUCAUAUCUAUCUAUUCAUCUAUCUCAGUCUGUUAAUAUCUAUCUAUCUAUCUAUCUAUCUAUCUAUCUAUCUGAGGCUUUUGUUAAUAUCUAUCUAUCUAUCUAUCUAUCUAUCUAUCUAUCUAUCUAUCUGGGUAAUUUUAUAUCUAUCUAUUCAUCUAUCUAUCCCUGUCUGGUAAUAUCUAUCUAUCUAUCUAUCUAUCUAUCUAUCUAUCUAUCUAUCUAUCUAUCUGAGGCCGUUUAUAUCAACGUAUUUAUCUAUGUAUCUCAGUCUCAUAAUAUCUAUCUAUCUGAGUAUGUUCAUAUCUAUCUAUUCAUCUAUCUCAGUCUGUUAAUAUCUAUCUAUCUAUGUAUCUAUAUAACAACGUCGUCCAUUUAUUUUCGACGCCAUUUUGGCAUCAUCGAAUGUAUUUAUUUUACAUUAAACAUAUUUUUUUUAAUAUGGAUUCUUUUUCGUCUCUCUACUUUUCUUUCUCUUUCAUAUUUUCUCAUUUAUGGAAACCUCUAA